CUAUCCCUUUUUCUGUUUUCUCUCCUUUUCUUUUCUUUUUUUCCAGGGGAAUCCGGGCUGUCAGCGAGGGGAGAGCAGCGUCUACCAUGGCCAGUGUGCUCUGUAACAGAGCAAGAUUGGUCACCUACCUCCCAGGUUUUUAUUCUUUACUCAAAAGACUUGGGACUGCCAAAACUUUUUCCACUGCAGGAUCCUCUGGCUCAGAUGAGCCUCACGUGGCUGCUGCACCUCCUGAUUUAUCUCCCAGGACGGUGUGGCCGGAUGAGGUGAUGGGACCCUUUGGUCCCCAAGAUCAGAGGUUUCAGCUUCCUGGUAACAUCGGCUUCGACUGCCACCUCCAUGGCACAGCUUCCCAAAAAAAAUCCCAAACUUCCAAGAGCCUCCCUGAUAUUUUAGCAGAGCCCUCAGCCAGUGAGAGACACGAAUUUGUCAUGGCACAAUACAUCCAGGAAUUCCAGGGUUCUGAUUCUCCCCAGAAGCAGCAAAUCAAUAAUGCUGAAACUUAUUUUGAAAAUGCCAAGGUGGAAUGUGCAGUGCAAGCCUGUCCUGAGCUGCUGAGAAAGGUUCCAUUUUUGAUUUAUUUCUCUAUUUAAUUAAUUAAUUUAGCCAAGAAAUCCCCAAAUGAUCAAAUGAAAAGCCAGUGAUGGAAAUGCUCUGUCAUUGAUAGCACAGAAUGUGGUGUGGGAAAGUUCAUCAAUGGUGCCAAGGAAAUCUGCUAUGCAAUUUCUGCUGAGGGUUACUGGGCUGAUUUCAUUGAUCCAUCCUCAGGACUGGCUUUUUUCGGAUCUUACAGCUCCACCCCCCUGCUGGAGACGGACGAGCGUUACCGACAUUUGGGAUUUUCCGUGGAUGAUCUGGGAUGCUGCAAAGUCAUCAGGCACAACCUUUGGGGUACCCACGUGCUUUUGGGGACCAUUUUUACCAACGCUGAACCCCAAAGUCCCAUCAUGAGAAAACUCGGGGGGAAUUAA